UAAUCAAACAUGUUGGAACUUUGACUCAAAGGCCAUCUAGCUAGUCAUCUUCCCCAGAAAGUUGGCUGGUUCAAGAGAGACCCCACCUUGGAUCAGCGCUCGUUCUCACAAGAAUGGUCUGCCCCAACGAAAGUGCCUAUUUGAAUUUAUCCCUCCAUCUCAUCUAGAAACAAUCCCAGGGUCAGAUCGGGAAGGGCAAGGAUUUGCUCCAUUUGACGGAAACAACUUUCCAAAUGGUGACCGGAUUUUUUCUCUUUAAUUUUGGGAGAUAAAAUAACUUACGUCGCUUUACCUUUAUUUUUUAAAAACAUAAUUGCAAUUUGGGUGCAACCAUUUAGGGGUGAAACUGUAAUUUUUCUAAAGCUUGGGUAAGCCGUAUACUUUGCACAUAUUCCACUUAUCAGAUCUUUUAGCCUUAUUAUAAUUGUUAGUAAGAAUUUGACAGUUUUUUUAAAAUUUAUCAGAGAGUGUUGAUAACAAAAAAACAGAGGACCAAAUUUUUGCUUCCAAUAAUUCAUAAAGGCCACAAAAACCUCCAAUAAUCCUAUGUUUCUCCUCAUAUUUUUAUAAUAUCAUAGUUCUUUCCACUACCUUUCAAAUAUCACUUUUGUUCCAUCAUUUUUUAUUAAAUUGCUUUCUCCGGGCUGCCAAAGUAGGACUCUGAGAUUCCAGAUGUUAAGAAAAGAGACUGGAGACGAUGACUAAAGCGGGAAAUAAGUUUGGGAGCUAUGGUAUGUAAGCUAUUUUUCCCUGUUCCUUAAAUCUGUGUGAAUCUCGUUUUUUCAAUAAUGGAUGUGUUUCACUUUGGCGCCCACCACUUGUUUGAUGAAAUGACUAACAGAGGAUGGCAAUAACUUUUUGUGAAUCCUUUAUGGGUUAUUAAUUUCGUUCUCUUGCGCGGCUGUAUAUAUUUAUUUUUUUUACUGUAGUAAUGGGUGUUAAGUCUGUGUUUAAAUGGUCGAAACAAAUAACAUCUGCCCAAGUAGUGCAGCUCAUACGAGCUGAAAGGGAUGUGAACAAGGCCCUUGUCAUAUUUGAUUCGGCAACAGCUGAGUAUGCAAACGGUUUCAAGCAUGAUGAAGGCACAUUUGGUCUUAUGAUCUCUAGAUUAGUCUCUGCUAACCAGUUUAAGCAAGCUGAGGAUCUUCUUGAUAGAAUGAAGAAAGAGAGAUGUAAGAUCAAAGAAAAUAUAUUGCUCAUUAUUUGUAGAGGCUAUGGUCGUGUUCACCGCCCAGCGGAUGCCAUCAGGGUUUUCUAUAAGAUGAAGGAAUUCGAGUGUGAACCCACUGAAAUGUCUUACAUUACGGUGUUAGACAUUCUUGUUGAAGAGAAUCAGUUAAAGACAGCAUUUAGAUUUUAUAGGUAUAUGAAAGAAAUAGGUAUUCAGACUAGUGUUCCUUCCCUUAAUGUUUUGAUCAAGGCUCUGUGUAAGAACAGCGGGACAACUGAUGCAGCUAUUAGAAUAUUUCGUGAGAUGCCUAAGCGCCAGUGCACUCCAGAUUCAUAUACGUAUGGUACUUUGAUCAAUGGGUUGUGCAGAUUUGGGAAGGUAGAUGAAGCAAAGGAGCUGUUCAAAGAGAUGGAGAUAAAAGGGUGUUCACCAAGUGUUGUUACUUACACCUCUUUAAUGCAUGGUUUGUGCGAAUGUGGGAAUAUAGAUGAAGCUAUGGGUUUUUUUGAAGAGAUGAGGAGCAAAGGUAUUCAGCCAAACGUGUUUACUUAUAGUUCCUUAAUGGAUGGACUGUGCAAGGGUGGAUGUUCUUCACAAGCUAUGGAACUAUUUGAGAUGAUGAUUAGCAAACGUCAUAGACCUAAUGUGAUAACAUAUAGUAUUUUAAUGAAUGGUCUCUGUAAAGAGGGGAAACUCCGAGAAGCUGUGGAAAUUCUUGAUAGGAUGAAGCUUCAAGGCUUGAAACCAGAUGCAGGGUUAUAUGGAAAGGUAAUUACCGGUUUCUGUGAUAUCAGCAAGUUUCAAGAGGCUGCGAACUUCCUUGAUGAGAUGGUCCUUCAGGGGAUUUCACCUAAUCGAUUAACUUGGAGUCUCCAUGCUAGGAUUCAUAACAUGGUGGUUCAAGGCCUUUGUAAAAGUGGUGUGAAUCGAGCAUUUCAAGUGUAUCUAAGUAUGCGGACUAGGGGUAUCUCGAUCGAGGCUGGGACUUACAGCUCACUCAUAACAUGUUUUUGUAAGAAAGAUGACCUUCAUAAAGCUGCUCGCAUUGUUGAAGAAAUGGUGCUUGAUGGAUGUGUUCCAGAUGAAGGAACAUGGAGUGUGGUGGUGAGUGGGUUUUGGGAUCGACAGAAAGUAAGACAAGCUGCUAAAUCAUUACAGGUUGAGUUAAUAAAUCAAAAUUUUGAAAAUGAAGAAGACAUCCAAAGUCAAGAUGCAUGAUUCCAAACUGCAAGGUGUUGUGUACUAUUAGUUUUAACUUACUUUUUACCAUGUGAAAUUUUAAUAUAAUUCCUUACAGCACCAUAAAUUUCUCAUAAAAAAACCAUCAAUAAUAUUUUGGGUUGCAAAA